AUGUCUGAGCCAACUCAAAAUUGCCUAUCUGCCACGGCUUCAACGGGCUCCAAUCCACCUUCCUCCUCCUCUCCACCACAGAUUCCCGAUCUCGAAGCAAUGAGGCAGAGAUGGGACAAAAAAUUAGAGGAAGAUUUUGCAGAAAUAAAGGAAAUACUUCGCAGAGACAGAGAUGCGCACGCACAACAACAAAGCACCAAUGGAACACAUACACAAUGA